CUCUGGCCGUCUUCCUGUCGACUGGGAAACUGAAUCCAGGGAGGGCGGUACCCCCACUGGGUUCUUGUGGUCUAGGCCAAGUUCGCGGGUUUGGGAUCGGAGGUUUCCUGUCCUGCACAGCCCAAUGGGACAAGAAGGAGCCAGUUAAAUUGCCCUCAGGACGACCAGGACUGCAUCAAGCCCAUGAAGAUAGACAAAAAGCUGGGAAGUGGCGUGGCCAAGAUCCACAUUGAAGAUGACGGGACUUAUUUCCAAGUCAGUCAGGACGGAGGAACACGGAAGCUAGAGAAGGCCAAAAUCUCACUGGAUGACUGCCUGGCAUGCAGUGGCUGUGUCACCUCGGCAGAGACUGUGCUCAUCACUCAGCAGAGCCAUGAGGAGCUACGGAAGAUUCUAGAUGCCAACAAGACAGCCGCACCUGGUCAGCAGAGGCUGGUUGUCAUUUCAAUCUCACCCCAGUCCAGGGCAUCACUCGCUGUGAAAUUUCAGUUGAAUCCUACAGACACUGCCAAGAAGUUAACUGCAUUCUUUAAAAAACUAGGGGCACACUAUGUGUUCGAUACCGCCUUCUCGAGGAACUUCAGUCUCCUGGAGAGCCAGCGAGAAUUUGUGCGGCGAUUCCGAGGACAGGCCGACCGCAAGCAUGCCUUACCGGUGCUGACUUCUGCCUGCCCAGGCUGGAUCUGCUAUGCAGAGAAGACCCAUGGGAGCACCAUCAUCCCCUACAUUAGCACCGCCAGGUCCCCGCAGCAGGUCAUGGGCUCCCUGGUCAAGGACUUCUUCGCCCAGCAGCAGUGUGUGACCCCUGACAAGAUCUACCAUGUGACAGUGAUGCCCUGCUAUGACAAAAAGCUGGAAGCAUCCAGACCUGACUUUUUUAGCCAGGAACACCAGACGCGAGAUGUGGAUUGUGUCAUCACAACAGGAGAAGUCUUUAAGCUGCUAGAAGAAGAAGGAGUCUCAUUACCAGACCUGGAGCCAGCACCCCUGGACAGUCUGUACGGCAGCAUGUCUCCCCAGGAGCCCUCCAGCCAUAGAGGGGGCGGUUCUGGGGGCUACCUGGAGCACGUGUUCCGGCAUGCAGCCCAAGAGCUCUUUGGGAUCCAUGUGGAUAAGGUCACCUACAAACCCCUGAGGAACAAGGAUUUCCAGGAAGUGACGCUAGAGAGCGAGGGCCGUGUCCUGCUCCACUUUGCUGCAGCCUAUGGCUUUCGCAACAUCCAGAACCUGGUGCAGAAGCUCAAGCGAGGUCGCUGCCCUUACCAUUAUGUGGAGGUCAUGGCUUGCCCCUCAGGUUGCUUGAAUGGCGGAGGCCAGCUCAAGGCCCCUGAGAUGCCCAGCAAGGAGCUUCUCCAGCAUGUUGAGAGGCUGUACAGCAUGGUCAGGACAGAGGCGCCAGAGGAUGUGUCUGAGGUCCGGGAGCUGUACCAGCACUGGCUGCAUGGUGAGGGCUCAGAGCGGACUGACUGCCUAUUGCACACGAGCUACCAUGCAGUGGAGAAGGCCAGCUCUGGCCUCAGCAUCAGGUGGUAGUGCUCACUGUAGGCAGUGCCAGGGCCUCAGGACCCCCAGCCAGUAAAGGUGACUUCCAGCCUGCACUCACCUGGACUCCCCAGUGCAGGCCAGUUUCCAUAGGGUACUGGAAACUCUCCACAGGCCCAUGUUCAUGAACAAUACCCUUUCUCUUCCUGGUUGUGGUGAACCAAGUGUGUGAAGGUUUCAGCCAGUCCCAUGCGAAAAGUAGGGAUCUUUUCCCCCAUUUCUAGAGUUACUCCUGAAGCUGGGGUAGAGAGAGGCCAGACCUGCCUAGCUGGUCAAGCUUUCAGCCCAGCAUGGGGAACUUUAUUGCACUUGUCAGCAAAGGACACUGGCAGGAAAGGGGCACUCAGCCUAUGACACCCCACACUGGGGAGGUGGUGCCCAUUUCACCUGGUGGUUCCACCUAGAACUGAGUGUUUAUUUUUAGGAUGUUGUGGCCUCCAGGGCCAGAGAACCUAUGUUCUUCACCACUGGAUCCCCACUUACCUGGUGGGGAAGGGAAGCAGAGACUAGGCUGGGCUCUGCCUGCCAGGCCUGUCCCUACUGAGCUCCACAUGUAAUAAGGGGACCUCCCUCUGAAAAUAACUGCUCUCUAAAACCUGCCAACAUUGGAAAAAAAGGCCUUUUAAAGUUGAAAGCCCUGUGCACUUUGCUAGGCUCUUUCUCAAACACUCAGGUCUUAAGGCUCAAGUGUGCCCCAGAGAGGGACCCACAUGUCCACCACCAGGAAGUACCAGAGUGCUCACUCUCUGAGGCUGGGCAGCCAGUUGGAUGGACUAGGACACACUGCCUGUGGACUCCAUAGCAGGUCCAUGUGGGACUCACUCUGAUGAAGGUGUGCUCAGGACCCCCGACUGUAUCGCCAAGAGGGCCUGGGACUGUGUGCGACUGCGAUGGCCCAGCCUCAUGCUCAAAGCUCGCCUGCUUCCUGCAGAGCACCUCCGGGACCUCACCCAGGGCCACCUUCCCAGUGAAUCUGCUCACGGGCUCCUCUCUGCCAGAAGAGGGGGCGCCAUGGGAGCUCAAAGGGGAACUACAGGGCAGGUGCUGGCAGAAGAUACUUAACGAGCAGCUUCUCCCCAUUGCCAGUCAACCUACUAAUGUGGGUCCCCAGACACCUCCCUCCAUGUCCGAAUGACUGCCAGGGAGUCCCCACAAACAGUGGGUGGGCUGAGUCAGCCAGCUUUGAAGUGCAGCCCCUGGGGAAAGCACAGGCCCUCCCAAGGCACUGGCUCAGGCCUGCCAUAGGCUCCUAGCCUGCCCCACAGGAAGGCCCUGGACGCUAUCCUCAGGAAAGGGUUGUAGAGGAGCUCCUCCCCCAGAGUGGAUGGCACUGUGGGCAUGUCAUCCCCACCCCUCUUCUGGAAUAACCACAGGUCUUUGUCAUGGCCUUGUCUGAGAAUCCCAGGCAACUUGGCCCCACUCAGCCCCAGCCUGGACCGAGAGGGCAGCCACUCAAGAGCCUGUCCUACAAGCUGCCCCUCUCCCUGUCCAAGGACACCAACCGCUCCCCCCACCAAUGGGUGCGUCAGCUGGCCAGGAUACCCCAGGCUAAACUAGGUCUGGUCACCCUGGGCCAGUCACAGCUGACUGCCCCUGCAGUGCUGCUCCUGGUCCUCACCACCCUCCAGCCCUCACCAUUGAGAGGGGAGAGGCUGCACCUUAGUUUCUGGCAGCUUGGCCAUCACAUGGACAUUGCAGGGCUCCACAAACUUGAGUUUGCUCAGUGUGGCUUGGUUGAGUGGCAUCCUGCAGACCAAAAGGUCAUGGGUUCGAUUCUCAGAGCAUGUGCCUGGGUUGUGGAUUCAGUCUCCAGUCGGGGUGUGCACAAGAGGCAACUGAUUGAUGUUCCUUUCUUCCUCCUUUCCCUCUUUUUAGAAUCAAUAAAAGGAAAAACUUUCUAAAAAAUAA